AUGGCCGGCGGCGAGGGGGCUGCGGCAGUGAUGUGCACCCCGGCGUUCGUGGGGCGGGUGCUGCGCAGCCGGUGGUACGUGGUGUUCGCGUCCAUGGUGGUGAUGGCGGCGUCCGGGUCGACCUACAUCUUCGCGCUCUACUCCAAGGAGCUCCGGUCUGUGCUGGGGUACAACCAGCAGACGCUCAACACGCUCGGCUUCUUCAAGGACCUGGGCACCAACGUCGGCGUCGUCUCCGGCCUGGUGCAGCAGGUGGCGCCCACCUGGGCCGUGCUCCUCAUCGGCGCCGGCAUGAAUUUGGCGGGGUACCUCAUGGUGUACCUAGCGCUGACUGAGCGCACGGCGGCGCCGCCCGUCUGGCUCAUGUGCAUCUACAUGUGCGUCGGCGCCAACGCGCUCACCUUCUCCAACACCGGCGCGCUCGUCGCCUGCGUCAAGAACUUCCCCGAGAGCCGCGGCAUCGUCAUCGGCCUGCUCAAGGGCUUCGUCGGCCUCAGCGGCGCCAUCUACACGCAGCUCUACCUCGCCAUCUACGGCGACGACGCCAAGUCCCUCGUCCUCCUCAUCGCAUGGCUCCCCGCCGCCGUCUACAUCUUCUUCGUCCACACCAUUCGCGUCCUGCCCUACCGGCGACGCGCCGAGGGCGAUGAGCCCAACAGCAAGCCCUUCUUCUGCUUCCUCUACAUCUCCAUCGCGCUCGCCACCUACCUCCUCGUCAUGAUCGUGGUGCAGAAGCAGGUGCCCAGCUUCUCCCACGCCGCCUACGCCGUCGGCGCCACCGUGCUCCUCCUCAUCCUCUUCCUCCCCCUCGGCGUCGUCAUCAAGGAGGAGUACGCCGCCGUCUCCCAGCUCGAGGAGUCUCUCCAGCAGCCGCCGGCCAUCGCCGUCGAGGAACCAGCUGCAGCAAGCACGAAGAAAGAGGACGACGAGCCGUCGUGUGGUAUGAAGGGCUGCUUCACCAACAUGUUCAAGCCGCCGGCGCUGGGGGAGGACUACACCAUCAUGCAGGCGCUGGUGAGCGUGGAGAUGCUGGUGCUCUUCGUCGUGUCGGUGUUCGGCAUCGGCGGCACGCUCACGGCCAUCGACAACAUGGCGCAGAUCGGCCAGUCGCUGGGCUACCCGCACAAGAGCAUCAACACCUUCGUCUCCCUCAUCAGCAUCUGGAACUACGCCGGCCGAGUUGGCGCCGGCUACAUGUCUGAGUUCUUCGUUGCCCGGUACAGGUUCCCGCGGCCGCUGGCACUCACGGCCGUGCUCCUCUUCUCCUGCGUCGGCCACCUCCUGAUCGCCUUCGGCGUGCCGCAGUCCCUCUACGCCGCGUCGGUGAUACUUGGUUUCUGCUUCGGCGCGCAGUGGCCGCUGCUCUUCUCCAUCAUCUCCGAGGUCUUCGGCCUCAAGUACUACUCCACGCUCUUCAACUUCGGCUCCGCGGCCAGUCCCAUCGGCGCCUACGUGCUCAACGUGCGCAUCGCCGGCCGCAUGUACGACGCCGAGGCCGCCAGGCAGCACGGCGGGCACGCCGCCGCCGUCGGCGACAAGAUCUGCAAGGGGGUGAUGUGCUUCAAGCACGCGUUCCUCAUCAUCACGGGGGUCACGCUCGCCGGCGCGCUCGUCUCGCUCGUGCUCGUGUGGAGGACCAGAAACUUCUACAAGGGUGACAUCUAUGCCAAGUUCAAGGUGGCGCCCGUCGUCGCAGCCGCCGAUUAUCAAGGAGGGGAGACGGUGGAGGGCAGCGUCGUUACAGAGGAGGACGAGGCAAAGAAGCAGGGGAAGAACAAGAAACUGCAGGAGGUCAACAAUGACGAGUUCAAGUGA